UCCCCCAGCGCAGGAGACAGAGCAUCCUCCCAGUGCAGGCGACAGAGCAUCCCCCAGCACAGGAGACACAGCAUCCCCCAGCGCAGGAGACACAGCAUCCCCCAGCACAGGAGACACAGCAUCCCCUAGAACAGGCGACAGAGCAUCCCCUAGAACAGGCGACAGAGCAUCCCCCAGCACAGGAGACACAGCAUCCCCCAGCACAGGAGACACAGCAUCCCCUAGAACAGGCGACAGAGCAUCCCCUAGAACAGGCGACAGAGCAUCCCCCAGCACAGGAGACACAGCAUCCCCCAGCACAGGAGACACAGCAUCCCCCAGCACAGGAGACACAGCAUCCCCCAGCACAGGAGACACAGCAUCCCCCAGCACAGGCGACAGAGCAUCCCCCAGCACAGGAGACACAGCAUCCCCCAGCACAGCAGCUCCCCCCGGAGCGCAGCUCCAAGGAGUGAGCAGCAGGAGAGAUGUUUUAUUCGGGGAUCCUGACAGAGCCGAGUAGGAAAGAAGUGGAGAUAAGGGAAGCGGCGUCUCUCCGCCAGCAGAGGAGGAUGAAGCAGGCGGUUCAGUUUAUUCACAAGGAUUCUGCAGAUCUGCUCCCUCUGGAUGGGCUGAAGAAGCUGGGGACGUCGAAGGAUACUCAGCCACAUAACAUCCUGCAGAAGCGCCUGAUGGAGACAAAUUUAUCCAAGUUCCGAGGCAGCCGAGGCAGCCGGGCUCCGAAGGGCGAUCUCUCAUCACAGACCAACAGGCUGAACCAAACCAAACUGGGCAGCUCGGGGAAAACAGAGGAUGAAGAGCUCAUAGUGGUGAGCUGCCAGUGUGCGGGGAAGGAGCUGAAGGCCGUGGUGGACACUGGCUCGCAGCACAACCUCAUGUCCUCCUCCUGCCUGGACAGGCUAGGGUUAAAGGAGCAUCUCAAAGCACUCCCUGUCGAAGAGGAGAUGGUUUCAUUGCCAAACAAGGUGAAAGCCAUCGGGCAGAUCGAGUGUCUGUCCCUCACGGUGGGAGCGGUCCCCGUGGAGUGUGCUGCCCUCGUCGUGGAAGACAACAACCAACCCUUUUCCUUUGGGCUGCAGACACUGAAGUCUCUGAAGUGUGUCAUAAACAUGGAGAAGCAGCACCUCGUUCUGGGGCAGAUGGACAGGGAAGAAAUCCCGUUUGUGGGCGUUGACAGUGCUGAGGCAGGAGAGCAUUUCAGCAGUUUGGAGGCAUAAAGAGAAAUUGAAACACCACCCCCUCGCAGGAGCUUGAUAUCAAAGAAAUCCUGUGCAGCUGUUCCAGAUGAAACAGCAACGUGCUGCUUUGAAAACAUUUAUACUAGGCUACAGCUUGAGUAGAGCUAAAUGAAAUCCUGUUUGUAGCCAGUAAUUUAGAGAUAUUGUCAUGUUUAUCUAUGGGUUUUGAGAAACAAACGUGCGCUUACUUUCUGGACUUUUCUAUAUAGUGUCCUCUUUAUUACAAACAGUUGGGAAAAACCUUAUGAAUUUCUUCUGAUGAGAAAAAUACUUUUUAUAGUGGCCUCGUAUGAGUAAUUGUACUUAGCUGCGAUUAGAGGCUAUCAGAAUGAGAUUUUUAUUAAUGAUUUUUCCAGGGGCUAAGCAUUUAUAUUCACUUAAUUGAUAUUGCCACAUUCAAAUGGCCAUUACCAGGAAGUUACUCAGAGUAAAAUAACAAUGUUAAUACCACCUAAAAAUUAUAGCUCAUCCUGUUAGCAUAGCAUUGUUGCCAUGUAAUUAGGGAUGCAACUGCUGGCUUGAUGAGAAAGAGCAAUUGCAGAAUUAUUAAUGGGUUACAGGCUUCUCUGCAGUGGCGUGGCAGAAGCACAGGAACAGGAUCUGGGAGGGCUCCCAGGGUGAUCUCCCAGUGUGGGGUUGGCACCAGCGCUGGGACUCAAAACCCUCUGAGCAGGGAUCCUCUGGGCAAGUCGUGGCUGCCUUCCUGUGGGGGUAGUCAAGUAAAUAAAUCAUUACAGUGGGCCAAAAGGCAACAAACGAGCACAGGAAUGUGUUGUCUGGAAAGCAGCAGAUGCAGUGCCCUGGGCUGCC